AAUUCCAGGUUUAUUGCGUCAGGAUUCGUUACAAAGUGUAUACGCGCGCUGAUAAUAUUAUCGUAAAGAGAUCUUGCUGCACGGUUUAUCUCGCGGCAAAUAACGUACAUUAGUUUCUUCCGCGUCGACAUAUUUUUUUGUUUCGAUAAAGCGCGCGCGAGUUAACGAACAGCGCUCGCCAUCUAGUAGCAGCGAUCUCAAAUCAGCUGACGAAUAUUGCUCAUAAUCACGUGUUACUGCGCAAAUUAAUUUCGCAUUGAAAUAAUUAUUGUUAAACUUAUGAUAUUCUGUUUGUAGUUAAUGUGAUAUUCUGUGUGUGCUUCGCUUUAUCAGAAAAUUUAUUUUUGCAUGAGCGUCCUUCGAAUUUACAAAUUCUUAUCGUUAUCGCAUAGUGCAACGACGGACAAGUGCUCAAACACGCGGUGACCAUCAACUUGUCGCCGGAUGAUGAAAUGACAAUUACGCCGUUGUCUAUAGAGACCAUUUUCCAGUUAGGUGGUACCGUGUUAUAUGAAAUCCGCUGGAUGCGCACGAUGGAAAUCUCUUAAAGUAGGAAGCAGUACACAGAUAAAACCAGGUGACGUUUGCUCUCUGCUGCCUGACAAAUGCUGGUUCAAGAUCAUUUCAGUACCAGACAUAAUGACAGAGAUCGAUCAAACAUUGAAGAGAAAACUCUUUGUAUUUCAGGUUGAGGAAGAUCUGAGUAAUGAAACAAAUGAGAAGAAAAUGUGUGUAUCAUCCAGUACAAAAACUGUUGUAUCUCCCAGUGAAGCUUUGAAGGAUAUUCUUAAUGAUAAGGAUCAACCACCAACCGAGCAUCAGAAUCUUUUCAAUAAUGAAAACAAGGAACACAAUGAUGCACCCAUGUUACAGGAAAUUUAUUUUGCGAGCUCUUCCGAGAGAAGUGAGGUACCUACAAUGAGUUCUAAAAUAUCGACAGACGCUCAGGAUACAGCUGAGCUUUCAGUCCAAAUUGAUGGAAAGCGAAAAGCAGAGAACAGUAACUUAACAAGUGAUACUACGGAUGCUGAGUCGGGAAAGAAAACCAAGUGGGAUCGCGAUUUUCAUAAUAGUGAUCAGACUGAAGCAGCUUCGCCGAUAAAAAAAAGUCCUCGUUUGUCCGCGCGUCAAGAAGAUCGUACACCGAGUGCUGACAGAGUUCCCAGAGACAAGUGCAUGUAUGGUUCUCGAUGUUAUCGAAAAAAUCACAAUCACAAGAACAAUUAUAGUCAUCCGGGCGAUCGUGAUUACGACGAGAUCGAUGAUCGGGAAGAGUGUCCGUACGGCGUGAAGUGCUAUCGCAAAAAUCCACAGCACAAAACGCAAUUCAAGCACACAACUAUUCCGCGUCAACGUCGAAAAGCUACUGUUUCUGCUGCAGUGAACACUAAUCAAAAACUAGACGAAAGCUCUUCCACGGAAGAAUCUGUGGACGAAUCUGAUUACCAACCGUCGGAUUACAUGGAGAGUUCGGACUGGGAGGAAGACAGUGGAAGCGAAUGGGAGGACGGCACGACCGGCUGACGAGACCUCUGCGUUCUGAUUUAGAUUUUAGAUUUCUAAAACUUGUCACGUUUUUCGAGAGCGUUUGUUGUAUAUUACAUGAAAUCUAUUUUGUUAUGAAAUAUUUAUUUUUUUACACCAACUGUAAAAUAUUGUAUUUGCAUCUAUAUUUGUUUACCACAAAGAAAAGUAUAAAAAGUGUUAUUAAUA